GUCCUUCCCGCUGUGGGACCGCGAAUGUGAAAAUAUUACCGUUAACUGCGUAACUUGUGUGUACGUUGUUUCUGUUGUGUAUUUGAAUGUGGUUUUUUGCAAGGGAUCGCUGGUUUAUUGUUUUAUUUUAGACCAGAAUUAUAAUUGAGGUUAUUCUUGCAGCCUUCAAAAAUGCCAGUUUCUCACAAGUAUGAUGUCGGGGAGAAAGUGAUGGUGAAAUGGCCGGGCAGUGCGCUCUGGUACCCAGCCAAGGUCCUGGCCAUCCAAGGCGAGGAGUACAAGGUCAAGUUUGAGGAAGGCACCGAAGACGAGGUCACUGCUGACUACAUCAGGACUGUAGGCUCCUUCAGGCGGCGAUCUUCAUCCAAGUCCCCAUCCCGGCGUCGUUCGAGGUCCAGGUCCCCGGCCCGCUCCCCGUCCCGGCAGCGAGUCUCCCGCAGCCCCAGCCGCAAGUCAGUGGCACAGAAGCAGCAGCAGCAGCAGCAGCAGCAGACCAGCUCCAAGACCGCCACCAAGUCCACCACCUCCACGUCCACAGUGGUCACACAGAGCAAGAGCAUGCCUAAGCCAGACCUGACGCCCACUAGGACGCCUAGCAAGAGAAUCCUCACCUCCAGGAGUACGACUGAAGUGCACAGCUAUACAACGCGGUCAUCCACCAAAUCAGGCCAGCAAAUACUGGAGCCCAUGGUGGAGGUCAAGACAGGCAGAGUCCCUAAGACUAACAGCUAUGAAUUUGGAGGACCAAUUGGUGCGUUCUUCAUCAUGGUCAGCCUGCCGCUGUUCAUCUACUACCUGUACUUCACCUGCAGCAAGACCCUGUGCAAGCUGCAGCUCUUGCCGGCCUGCACCCACGACUGGCGGGACUACUACGACCGUGAUGCCUACCUCAUCUUCCUGGGCUGGAUGGUGCUUCAGGUCUUCCUCUUCAUGCUGCCUGUUGGCUCGGUCGUGAAAGGCCUGCCACUUCGCACUGGACAAAGGCUGGAGUACAGGUUGAAUGGUUUCUUUGCUUUCAUCGUGAGCCUGAUCCUCUUCGGCGGUCUGGUCUACAAGAAGUACCCAGUCACCGUGGUCUACGACAAGUUCCUGCCUCUCUUGACGGCAGCUAUGAUCUUCUCCCUGCUGCUGAGCGUGUUCCUGUACGUCAAGGCCAGGAAGGCAUCGGGGCACGCCUUGGCACCCAGCGGAAACUCCGGCAACAUUGUCUAUGAUUUCUUCAUGGGUCAUGAGCUCAAUCCUCGCAUUGGAAGCUUUGACUUCAAAUUCUUCUGUGAACUCCGCCCUGGACUCAUCGGUUGGGUGCUGCUGGAUCUAGCCUUUGUGGUCAAGGUCUGGACAGACUUCCCAGAGAAUCCUCCCUGGCCGCUCCUCUUGCUCACCUUCUUCCAGCUUCUCUACGUCGCCGACUCCUUGCUCUAUGAGCAUGCAAUCUUGAGCACCAUGGACAUCAUCCAUGAUGGCUUCGGCUUCAUGCUGGUCUUUGGUGACCUGGUCUGGGUUCCCUUCACCUACACGCUGCAGGCCCGCUACCUGGCUGACAACCCAAGCCGCAGCACAAUGCCCAACUACUGUCUGAUACCCAUUCUCAUCCUCGGACUAAUCGGCUACUACAUUUUCCGUGCGUCAAACUCACAGAAGAGUGCGUUCCGGGAGAACCCCUACUCCAGCAAGUUUGCCGCUUCCAACAUCCUGAUCACGGCGUCCAAGAAGCGUCUCUUGAUGUCUGGCUGGUGGGGCUGGGUGCGUCACCCUAAUUACCUGGGAGACCUUAUGAUGGCACUGGCUUGGUCCCUCUGUUGCGGCUUCAGCAGCAUAGUGCCCUACUUCUACCCCAUCUACCUGCUGAUCCUGCUGGUCCAUCGCGAGAUGCGCGACUCGGCCCACUGCAAGCAGAAAUACGGCACCGUCUGGGCCAAAUACUGCGAGAACGUCCCGUAUCGGAUCUUCCCCCGCGUCUACUAAAGACUCUGUCAAAGGGGUCGCGUUGCUGUGCUGCAUUGUUCCUACAUUUGGCACUGCGUGUGACACCGUGACUAUCACCUAUCACUGUGUGCCACUGUGUCAAAGAGUGUGAAAUUACGGUUGGAUAUCGGACAUUUUCGGACCGUUGGUCACAUUUGCCUGAACAAAGACGAAUUUACACAGUCAAAUUUGGUACUGUGAGUGCAUUGUAAGUUAAGGGAAGUUUUGAACCAUGCAUUUGGCAGCUCAAAAUUGAUUGUGCUUUUUCACUAUGUUCAGGCACGCACUGUGUCUCGUUUCACCUUCUGCUGUGUUACAAUCAAUCAGGGAUUUUAUACUUGUAAAAUGAAUAUUUGCGUCGUGGGAAUGUGAAUUUUGAUAUUGGUUUUUGACCUUUACCGAUUUAAUUCUAUAAGAAUAGAAUAUGUUAAGUUCUCCUGUCAACAAGAUAGUACUUGUGGUAUUCGCUGCUGCAUCGGAUUCGAACCUCCAACAGACCCAGGC